UGUUCGUAGAAUUUUGAAUCCGAUAUAGAAUUCCAUCGAAUUCAUGUUAAAUUUUUGAUAGGGCUUUAGAAUUUGUUGAAAUUUUGAUAUGUUUUUAGUGUUUGAUAGUUAUGUUAAUUCAUAUAUCGGUUCAAAUUUAAUAGAGUUGUUUGUUUGAUUUUUUCUGAUUUUUGGAGAAAAAUUUUUUCUGCAUUCGUAGGAUGUGAAACUCAUAGGGUAUGCUGCGGAUUUGAUUUUCACGGUUCCCGAUCAUAUAUUCUGAGAAGAAUAUGAAAAGUUUACGUCUUUGCCCUUUCGAUUUCUCUUUCUUUCCAAUGUUUUCGUCCUUUUUGGUCGAUAAUGGGCGCUUAUUUGGUGUAGAAAUUGUGGUAGAAUAUAUUAUUUUGGUGGAGCAAUCUGACUCUUUAGUUCCCAAACCUUCAAGCCUUUGGAGAAGGCGGCAAUUUCCGUUGUUCUUCGGCGUCACUGAAGCUGAAAUUGAGCAAGUAUUUCAUCCAUUUGAGGAGCAUUCCAACCUAAGUACAACGCCUAGCCAUGAACAACAGAGGUGCUCUCGUCUCUGUAAGGUGUCACCUAUGGUAUUUAAAUUUGUUACGGCAGCAUCUUUCACAUGCAAACUUUGCUCAUGUCCGGAGUUCAUGCUUUGGACCAUUGUUGGAGAUAAUAAACUUUGAGUUCCAGGGCCAACUUUAUAACGUCAUGUGUCGGCGGCUGCAAAGUGGUUGUGUGAAAAAGAUGGUACUGCAAUUUAGAAUUGGUAAUCAUGUAGUUGAAUUUGGUCCGGCUGAUUUUGCCAUAAUGACAGGCCUUAGGUUCAAUGGCAACACUAAUCUCCCUGAAAGUUCUACUUUCCACCAAACUGUUUUUAGUGGUCAACGUUUUUUGCAUUUGAUUACCAUUGAGAAUAGGUUUCUCAAAGAAUGCAAACAGACAGGUGGUAGCUCGGAAACAAGCUUGAAGUUGGGUUAUUUAUACAUUGUUUAUGGUCUGUUGGUGUUAAAAGAUAGGACACGGAAGAACAUAGAUCUAGGUUAUAUCCAUUUAAUCGAUAACCUUGAUAGGUUUUUAUGCUAUCCUUGGGGGAGAAUCGCAUACGAUUUCAUGGUUCCUCGUACAUAUAAUGCUAGAAAACUUCUUGAGAAAAUGGAAACAAAGGAAAAUAAAUUGACUGUCGAAGCAUAUGGGUUUGUGCAUGUAUUGCAAGCUUGGGCAUAUGAGAUUAUGCCCUCGUUGGCUGCUUUUUGCGGCAAGCGAGUAGUCGAGCACGAGAACCGACUCCCGAGAAUGCAGCGUUGGUCCGCGGAUUCUGGUUUUUUAUUUGAGGACUUGUGGCCUUACUUUUUACCUAGAGUCGGAAAUGAUAUGGUAUGUUGCAUAUUAAAUAUAUUCACAUUUGAAUUGAUUUACAACAUUUAUGCUUCUUAA